CUCCAAAUCAAUUCGGACGAGCUGCCUACUAUACACAGCUAGCAGGUGAAUAGCUUUAUCCUGAAUGCAGAGCAAAAAACAGAGACUUCAGUUGUUAUUAAUUGCAGCUUUGUUGGUAAUCCUGCACCCGUCGUGCAAAUCGCCUCGCCUGUGGGAAAAUGUCCGGCCAGGAAGGAUCCUGGACCUUUACUGUGGCCGCAGUAGUGGCCGUAUUUCUGCUGGAUGCUGCUGUUUUUGCGCAGGCGAAGAGCUUUGAGGAUGUUCGCUGCAAGUGCAUCUGCCCUCCAUACAGAAACAUCACUGGCCACAUAUAUAACCGGAAUGUGACCCAGAAGGAUUGUAACUGCCUCCAUGUAGUGGAGCCCAUGCCGGUGCCUGGACAUGACGUUGAGGCCUACUGCCUGUUGUGUGAGUGCAAGUACGAGGAACGAAGCAGCAACACCAUCAAGGUAACCAUCAUCAUUUACCUGUCUGUUGUGGGGGCACUGCUGCUCUACAUGCUCUUUCUGCUACUGGUUGAUCCUCUUAUCCGCAAACAUGACCCCUACACCCAGCCACUGCACAAUGAGGAGGACUCUGAGGAGAUGCGUCCGCAGGUGGACAGCAGCCAGGCGAGAGGAAACACAGUCCUGGAACGGGUCGAGGGAGCGCAGCAGCGCUGGAAAAAGCAGGUCCAGGAACAGCGCAAGACUGUUUUCGACCGCCACAAGAUGCUUAGUUAAACCCUACGGCUAACCUCAAAACAGGUUUAGAAUAGGUAGCUUCACUGGGCUCAGCGCUAUUAAACAUGCACCAGCUGUACUAUUCCUAACCUCUUUGCAUUUUAUGUGCACUCCACCCUCUGAAUUAUUAUUUCCUCACUGAGAAACAUUUAAACACACUGAUCUAACAAGCAGAUAUUUUAAUUUAUUAUACGUAACACUUUAAGCUCUGUUGCAGUUGUGAAAAAAACUCCAUGUUUUUGCACCUUUAACAACUACUAGACAUCUUGAUAAAAUAGGGAUCUUUUUUGUCCAUUAAGCCAGACUGUGAAUAGCUUUUAAGCUUCUUAGAGAUAGUUUUUGUUGUUAGCUACUUGCUAAUACGAUAUUGAUAUUAAGCAGUUUUUCUUGAAGCAUAAUUUGUGAUGUUACCUCAGAACAGGUAAGCUUUAUGUUUUUGAAUGAUCAGUUUAUCUUAUGGGGUAGAAAGAUUAUCCAAUCUGUGCUAUUGCCAAGCAGUAGCACUAAUGAUGGUUUAUUUAUAAAUAACCCUGGGCAUGUUUAGUGCCAUUUGCACUAUUAAUGUAAGUGAAGGAUUGUACAUUUUGGGCUUUAUCAUUUGUAGGCUUUUGACAUUGCUACUUUAAAGAGCGCCCCAAGAUGUGCCUUUUUCUGUUUCUCUCCUUGUGUGAGCGAAUGUGUUACAUCAAACUCCAGUGCAAAAAUUGGCUCUGAAAUGUUCAAAUGAAAUUCACAGCUUGUGAAAUGUCACAGAUGGUAAGGUCUACCAAAACAUUUUGGCAGGUAUAGUUGUGUUUGUAUAGCUUUAAUCAUUUAUCUUGAGUUUAACAGUGAACCUGUUUGGAAUAAGGCUUGAUCAGUGAGUUAUGCACACAACCGCAUUUACGUCCUGUGUUUUGCAGUUGAGUUUUAAUGGAACAUACUUUCUCAUGCAAAGAGAGAAAUGGAGAAUGGGGCAUGUAACAGAGCUUUAAAGCCAUCCUCAAAUGAAUCAAAUCUCUUCCACUGGAGAAUAUCCUAAAUCAGUAAAGCUGCCGAUAAUGCAGUUAAGUAUGGCAGGAUCAGGAUGCCUCGUGGCUUUGAAAGGCCUUCAUGUUCAUCAUUAUGUGUCAGUUAAUUCCCCUUUGCAUUGUACUACUGAAGCUACCUGCUGGGGAAUUUUUAAUAUGACAAAGAAAGGUAUGCUGACUCACAUUACCUCAUGCACAGUGUGAAUUGCUGACGUUUCGUCUGUAAUCAUUUAUUUUAUCAUUGAAGUGUUUUUGAUUGACUGAUUUUUAGUAUAAUUUCGUAUCACUAGUAUCAGUGUUUUGUAUUUAUAUUUGUCUCCAGCGUAACUGGAGCAUUCCACUGCUCGUGUCUGUACAUUCAGCUUGAUGUGAAAUAAAACAAUAUAUAUAUACUCAG